AUGUCCCUCUUACAAGAGUGUCGCGAGCUGGCAUACGCUCAGCCGAUAGUGGAGCGUCGAGAUCCGCCCUCUGCCAUCGAAUUUUGGCGGGACUUUGUCUCACCCAAUCGCCCCUUGAUCAUCCGUGGUGGCGUUUGCCAUUGGCCUGCCUUUGAGAAAUGGUCGCUGGACUACCUUCAAACCCAUUAUGGACACCUUGACGUCUCAGUCGAGGCAACCCCGACCGGCUACGGCGAUGCUGUGCUCGAGCGUGAAGGGGCAGAGCCUUGCUUUGUGCUGCCAGAGAGCCAGCGGUGGACCUUUGGAGACUAUAUUGCCCACUUGCGGCGUCCGACAAAGCCCGGCGUGUUUUACAUCUCUCACCAAGACAGCAACUUGACGGCUGAGACUGAAUUUGGCGCGCAGUUGCUUGCCGAUGUGGCAGGAGCAGAAUUGCCCUUUGCCUCAGAAGCCUUUGGCGUGCCACCCGACGCCAUUAAUUUUUGGAUGGGCGGUGCGGACGCAACCACCUCCCUCCACAAGGAUCACUACGAGAACACGUACGCUGUCCUGCGCGGUCGGAAACAUUUCACCCUGUACAGCCCCCCCAGUGUCGUGGUCCUGCCCACGCGAGAGCUGCCCACCUAUCAGUACGUCCAAGACAAGGCGACGGGUGCCUUCGAGGUGGUGCAGCAGGACGCGGCGCCUCGACCUUGGAUCGUCUUUGAUCCUGAGCAACCCAACCACCGCACUCGCUAUCCUGCCACGACUGCCCUCGAGCGAAUUGACAUUACUCUGGAAGCCGGCGAUCUUCUCUACCUACCCAGCCUGUGGUAUCAUCAGGUGGGUCUGGACCGUGUCUGCAUCGCCGUCAACUGCUGGUAUGACAUGCAGUAUGACGUCAAGUACGUGCUGCACCAAGCCUUGGAGCAAGCUGGGAGCCUGGGCAACACCACAUCCGCGGCAGAUUAG